GUAUCUUGACAGUCAGUCAGUCAGUCGGCCGUUGCUGCCAUCGUUUAAGCAAACACACACACACGCACGCACACACACAAUUAUUACAGUUCGGGACAUCGGCAGCAACAAGCCCGGUUAAUUAAAACAGUUAAACGCAUUGUUUUAGAGUUCGAAAAACACACGCGAUGAUUAAUGUGACACAUGGUUGAAUUCAACUCAGUAUCCUUCACGAUAAAAUACAAAUUACAGCUGCGCAAAAAUAAUAAUUAAAAAUGACGUGUUUUUUGCUGCAAACGUUGGCCAUAGUACUUGUAACAAUUGUUGCUGGCAGUGCACAAAGUACAGUUUUUACCGUUGAUACUCAUGACUUGACCGUAUUGCUGAAUGCGCAGAAAAGUUUUGUGAUUUAUGCCAGAAAUAAUGCUGAUGAAUAUGUAAAUGUGACUUUGGUGAAGCAACAUGAGAAUCAUUUGGAUUUGGAACCCGAAUCCUUUGUUAGCGCAUCUGGCGCUUCACUGGAUCAGACUGUGGUUGUGACAGGACGACAGGCAGGACAUGUCGAGAUCACGGCCAGCAGUAAUUCCAGUGAUAAAUCCAUCACCGAUGGACUUUUUGUGCGUAUUGUUGUCGCUAAAUCGGAAGCGAUUAUUUAUACAUCUAUCAUUUUUGGCUGGAUCUAUUUUGUGGCAUGGUCAAUUUCAUUUUAUCCACAAAUAUGGAUCAACUAUCGUCGACGAUCGGUUGAGGGCUUAAACUUUGACUUUCUCAUGCUGAACAUUGUUGGAUUCACGCUUUACAGCAUGUUCAACUGUGGACUGUAUUUUAUACAGAGCCUGCAGGACGAGUAUGGGGAUCGGCAUCCUCGGGGCGUGAAUCCCGUCAUGCUAAACGAUGUCGUCUUUUCGUUGCACGCCAUGUUUGCCACAUGCAUUACAAUUGGACAGUGUUUCGUUUUUGAGCGUGGAAUGCAACGUGUCUCAAAAAUCGCCUGGGGUCUGUUAUUAUUAUUUGUUGUGCUCGUCAUAGUAUCAGCAGGCUUGGCUGGCGGAUCUGUAAUACAUUGGCUGGAUUUCCUCUACUACUGCAGCUAUAUAAAGUUGACAAUAACUAUCAUCAAGUAUAUACCACAAGCCCUAAUGAACUACAGGAGGAAAAGUACUGCCGGAUGGAGCAUUGGCAAUAUUUUAUUGGAUUUUACUGGCGGUUCUCUCAGCAUGUUACAAAUGAUUUUGAAUGCGCAUAAUUAUGACGAUUGGGUUUCAAUAUUUGGAGAUCCCACCAAAUUUGGUCUGGGUCUGUUCUCAGUGCUAUUUGACAUAUUUUUCAUGCUGCAGCAUUACGUAUUUUACAGACACUCGAAUAAUUUAACUAUUUCCAAUGUAACGGUGAACACAGAUACCACAAAAGAGCUUGCAAAUAGUGAGGCAACUGAGAAAUAGAAAACUUAAAGAUAUUGUUGACUUGAACCUGUAUAAGUUCAUUUUAGAUUUUUUUAAUUCUUUUGUAUACUGUAUUUAUCAAUCCAAGGUAUUAAAGCCAAACUGAUUAAAACCAA